AUGACUGCAACUACAGCCUUGACAGCCCAGAAUACUCUUGGGGUUGUGGAUAUUCAUCACACCCCGCCAGAUUUUGUGGGCAAACUCAUUGACGCAUGUAUCAGUGACAUUGGUGUCGAUGUGGUAAAGACUGGGAUGUUGGCUUCUGUGGAGACUAUAGAAGUUGUAGCAAAAUGUCUUCAAAAACAUGAUGUGAAGAUUCUGGUCAUUGACCCUGUCAUGGUCUCAACCAGUGGUUUCCAAUUACUACCACCGAAAGCAGUCCGUGGACUGCGGACUCUUCUUCUUCCACACGCAACCAUUCUGACGCCCAAUGUCCCCGAAGCGAAGCUGCUCCUUUCCGAUGCUGGCCAACCAGCUGAAGAUCCCAAGAAUGUCGCUGAUUUGAUAGAAAUUGCCAAGUCUGUGCAAUCUCUGGGACCUAAAUACGUCCUAGUCAAGGGAGGGCAUUUACCAUUCAAGAAAGAUGGCACCGUGGCCAAAACUGACGAGGAGCGAGAGCUUAUGAUCGAUAUAUUGUAUGGAGAAGGAGAAGUAACAAGAAUAGAAACUGCAUACCAAAAUUCCAAGAACACGCAUGGUACUGGGUGCUCGAUGGCAUCUGCCAUUGCUUCAAACUUAGGAAGUGGCCAGGAAAUGGCCCAAGCUGUGAAGGGGGCUUGUAGAUAUGUCGAGGCUGGAAUCAGAACCGCCACAGACCUUGGCCAUGGAAAUGGUCCAAUAAACCACUUUCACUCAACCUACACUCUACCAUUUGCACCAGGUCGCUUCUUGGAAUAUCUCCUAGACAGAACUGAUAUCAAAAAAGCCUGGAGAGAACACACCCAUCAUGACUUCGUAGCUAGUCUUGCCGACGGAAGCUUACCAGUCGACUCAUUCAAAUAUUAUCUGGUCCAAGACUAUUUGUACCUGGUUCAAUUCGCAAGAGCCAAUGCUCUGGCUGGGUACAAAGCCAAAACGAUGGAAGAUAUUGCGGCUGCUGCAAAAAUCGUGAGCCAUAUCCAUCACGAGAUGUCAUUACACAUUGAAUACUGCGAAGGUUUCGGUAUGACGAAGAAAGAUAUUGAGGCAACGGAGGAGAGCCAAGGUAUGCCUAACCUUAGAGCCAUAGGCGCCGUUAACAACGAAUUGCAGCAUGCACAGCAUACACAAGGUAGAGACUAUUCAGACCUGAUGGGGGAUCCAGCUAAUUGCAGAACCAGAUACGUCCUCGAUAUCGGACAAGCCGAAGAUUGGCUUGCUCUGCAAGUUUCCAUGGCACCUUGCUUGAUCGGCUACGGUGAAAUUGCGAAACGUCUUCACGCGGACCCAAAGACAAAACGCGAGGGGAACAUAUAUUGGCAAUGGAUUGAGAACUACGUUGCGGAUGACUAUUCGGAGGCCGUGCAAAUAGGAUCUGAAGCCCUCCUUGAGAGACAUGUCGUCUUACAAUCACCAAGCCGUAUUGAAGAGCUGGCGAAGAUCUUUAUUCAUGCAACCAGAGUAAAUGGAGACUGGUUUUUGGGAUAUGGGAGGAAGCCAAACAUAGCAGUUUUAUGGGCAGUGAUGUUACAACUUGUGCUCUCCCAUCCAUUCAAGACACUCUCUGCACAGUACAACCAUUCCGACUGUAAUAUCACGAUUUCACUCACCUUAAUCCGCUCUUUCGACCCAAACAAAUCAGCAACAUGUCUUACGGAGGUGGUGGAUAUGGUGGAUCGCGCGGUGGCGGUGGAGGAGGAGGAGGAUACUCUAAUGGGUACGAUUCAUAUGGCAGCCGCGAUAACUACUCCAGUGGCUAUUCCAACGGGUAUGAAAACCUACGGUCUAAAUAUUGUUGUGAAGUCGAACGCAUCUCGUUGUCUUGCGUAUCGUGAUGCGACAAAGCCGGCGCUCAGCUCAGCUUUGAGCCCCGGAAGAUCCAGAGGUGGAAGCAAUGGAUACUCUGGAGGUGGCGGCGGUGGCUACGGUGGCGGCGGAGGAAGCGUCAACGGCUACUCUGGAGGAGGUGGUGGAUACGGAGGCGGUGGUGGUGGAGGGUUUGGAGGUGGUGCAGGCGGAGACCGCAUGUCAAACCUUGGAGCUGGUCUACAAAAGCAAAGCUGGGAUCUAAAUGCCAUGCCAAAGUUUGAUAAAUCAUUUUACAAGGAAGAUCCUCAAGUCACGAACCGUUCAGAAGCCGAUGUCCUCAAAUUCAGAAAGGAACACUCCAUCGCCGUCCAAGGCAACGAUGUCCCACGACCAGUCGAGACCUUUGACGAGGCUGGCUUCCCACCUUAUGUUAUGAGCGAAGUGAAGGCCCAGGGCUUUCCAGCACCAACUGCCAUUCAAUCUCAAGGUUGGCCCAUGGCUCUGUCGGGACGCGAUGUUGUCGGUAUUGCCGAGACUGGAUCCGGAAAGACUUUGACCUACUGUUUACCAGCCAUUGUCCACAUCAAUGCGCAACCCCUUCUUGCUCAAGGCGACGGUCCUAUUGUUCUGGUCCUCGCUCCUACCCGUGAAUUGGCCGUUCAGAUUCAACAAGAAAUCACCAAGUUUGGCAAAUCCUCCCGCAUCCGUAACACCUGUGUCUACGGAGGUGUUCCUAAGGGUGGCCAAAUCCGCGACCUCGCUAAGGGCGUGGAAGUGUGCAUUGCCACUCCAGGUCGUCUUAUUGACAUGCUAGAGUCCGGAAAGACUAACCUUCGUCGUGUCACUUAUCUCGUACUCGACGAGGCUGAUCGUAUGUUGGACAUGGGUUUCGAGCCACAAAUCCGUAAGAUUCUCGGCCAAAUUCGCCCUGACAGACAAACUUGCAUGUGGUCUGCUACAUGGCCAAAGGAAGUCCGUGCUCUUGCCUCCGAUUACUUGACCGACUUCAUCCAGGUCAACAUCGGUUCCCUGGAACUCUCUGCUAACCAUAGAAUCACUCAAAUUGUCGAGGUUGUCUCUGAAUUUGAAAAGCGUGACAAGAUGACCAAGCACCUCGAGAAGAUCAUGGAAGACAAGGAUAACAAGAUUUUGAUAUUCACUGGUACAAAGCGUGUUGCUGACGAUAUCACACGUUUCCUCCGACAAGAUGGAUGGCCGGCGCUUUCCAUCCACGGCGACAAACAACAGAACGAGCGUGAUUGGGUCCUAAAUGAGUUUAAGACUGGCAAGAGUCCCAUCAUGGUUGCCACUGAUGUGGCUUCCCGUGGUAUUGAUGUUCGUAACAUUACUCAUGUGUUCAACUAUGAUUACCCGAACAACUCGGAGGAUUAUAUCCAUCGUAUUGGUCGUACUGGUCGUGCCGGUGCCAAUGGUACUGCAAUUACGCUGUUCACAACUGACAACCAGAAGCAGGCCCGUGAUCUCGUCUCCGUUCUGACUGAAGCUAAGCAGCAGAUUGACCCACGUCUUGCCGAGAUGACAAGAUAUGGUGGAGGCGGUGGCGGUCGCUAUGGAGGAGGAGGAGGAUAUCGUGGUGGACGUGGAGGCGGCCGAGGUGGUGGCGGUGGUGGAGGUUUUACCUCUUCCAAUGCUGCUCCUCUCGGAGGCAGUCGGCGUUGGUGA